AGCAGCUGCUUGCAAUAAUUGCAAGCAGCUGCUGUUAAUAACAGACUGUCUUAGCAGUUUGAGCCACACAGAGCCCUUAGUGACACAAGUUAGUGACACGGUUGUUAAGUGGCCUCCCCAUUGUUUGUCAGAAGGUCGCAAAAAAUAAUGACUCCAGGACACUGCAGCCGUCGUAAAGAGGAAUCAGUUGCCAAAUGUCUAAAUUUUGAUUACGUAACCUUGGGGGUGCUUGCAACAUUCGUGAGUGCGAAAAAAGGGCACAACUCACUUUUUUCAAUGCCGUUCCAACUUCGAACUGUCACUAAACAAAUGGUUGUAAGGGGAGGAUUAUCUGUAUCUAGCAUUUCAGGAAAACAUUAAAGGAAAAAGAUUUAAUACUCCUGGUAGAUAAUAUGGUCUGCUCUUGAGUUGCCAUAGGCCAGGGGGGAUGGGAAAUGGGAGAAAUGGCACAGCAACUAAAGACAGAUGCAAAUUCCACGCUUAUCUCUCUCAAGGCUGUAUCCCAGGGUUACCUACAGCAGCCGAAGGCAGUGACUUCUACAACCUGCGAAAUUGCUCCGGUGGCGAAUGUGAUUGAUGACACAUCCCGAGGGGGUGGGGAAACAGGGUCAUAAUUGGUGCGUAAAUUAUGUAGGGUCAGAGCUGGCUUCACUUGGGAAGGUGCUGACAUAAAGCUCCUAAUAAACAACUGUAUUUCUUUUGAAGCUUGGUUUGAGAGGCGUGUUUUAAUUAGUCGGAUCCCUGACAGCAUAUUCCUUUGGAUUUCAACAAGGCGUUCUUCAUUCUUACCAUGGUGUUGGCUUUCCUUACAGAGGUGGAGACGGAGAGGUUGGCCCGGACUGUGUUUACCAAGCUUCACAAUAUUUGCAGCAGUUGGGUGAAGGACUUCCCCCUCCAGACGAAGCCGUGUCGGUACUACGAGACAUCGAUCCACGCCAUUAAGAACAUGCGACGCAAGAUGGAAGACAAGCAUGUCUGCAUUCCAGACUUCAACACCCUCUUCAACCUGGAGGAUCAAGGGGAGCAGGCUUAUUUUGCUGUCUUCGACGGCCACGGAGGAGUGGACGCUGCCAUUUACGCCUCCAUUCACCUGCACGUGAAUUUGGUGCACCAAGAAGCGUUCCAGCAUGACCCCGCCGAAGCCCUCUGCAAAGCCUUCCGGGUGACGGAUGAACGUUUUGUGCAGAAGGCAGCCAGAGAGAGUUUGCGAUGCGGCACCACAGGCGUUGUGACCUUCAUCCGAGGGAACAUGUUGUACGUGGCUUGGCUGGGGGACUCUCAAGUCAUGCUCGUGAAAAGGGGCCAGGCGGUAGAACUGAUGAAGCCUCAUAAACCAGACCGGGAGGAUGAGAAGAAACGCAUCGAGGCCCUUGGAGGCUGCGUGGUCUGGUUUGGAGCAUGGCGAGUCAACGGAAGUCUUUCUGUCUCCAGAGCCAUUGGUGAUGCAGAGCACAAGCCAUACAUCUGUGGAGACGCAGAUUCUGGAUCCACAGUGCUGGAUGGAUCGGAGGACUACCUCAUUUUAGCCUGCGAUGGCUUCUACGACACAGUGAACCCCGACGAGGCGGUGAAAGUGGUGGCCGACCACCUGAAGGAGAACAACGGGGACAGCAGCAUGGUAGCCCACAAGCUGGUGGCUUCUGCUCGCGAUGCUGGCUCUAGCGACAACAUCACAGUCAUCGUGGUCUUCCUCAGGGACAUGAGCGCCGUCGUCAACGUCGGUGAGGAAUCCGAGUGGACCGAGAACUCUUUCCAAGGCGGGCAAGAGGACAGCGGCGACGACAAAGAGAACCAGGGAGAUUGCAAGAGACAAUGGCCUCAGCACCAGGUCUCGGCACCUGCCGAUCUGGGGUACGACGGCAGAGUAGAUUCCUUCACAGACAGAACUACCUUGAGCGCAAGUUCCACCAUCAACGUCUUCGAAGACCCCGGCUGCUUAGACCUGAGGAAAACAGAAGCGGGCAAAAUCCACAGUGCCAAACGCCUUUCUCCGGAUCAAGUCUUCAGCGCUGGUGUACCAAAGAGGGCGAUUUUGAGUCAAGGCGUUUUGGAAGAGGGCAAGAGAAGGGACGACAUUUCUCUCCAGGGGCAGAAGGCACUCCGGGGCUCCGUGAACUUGGGCUCUUCCAGCCCAGGGGAAUGCAGUGUGGUGUUGGUGGAGGCCCCGAUCCCCGCCGGGCCCGAAGGCCUGUGGUUCAAGUCAUGGGGAAGAAAAGCUUCCAUUUUCUCUCACUUUCAUUUCUGCGACGCCAAGCGGUGGCAACGGUUAGCGAGACUGAAGCCGAAGCUCAAUGGGUUUCUCUUUGAGCAGAGGUCCCUUUUCUGCCCGGAAGGUUUAACCCUCUGCUCACCCAACCCUCUAAAUGGCCGUAGGAACAAAUUCCUAAGAAGCCAUCUUGGGCAAGUUUCCCUUGGUUGCCAUCAAGGUCACGGCGAGAGUAUUUUCUUGAUGUUAAGGCCAAGUCCCUGUAUACCACAAGACCCAUGGCUGCUGUGGAGUUGUAAAAAAUAACACGU